CCUCAGUCACACACAGUCCUCGGCAGUCAGAGAGCGGGCUCCAGAGACAUGUAGCAGUGAAAGCCCCUGGUGCUGCAGUUGUCGGUGUCAGCUGCGCUGUGUCUGGUUGUCGGCAGGCGGGGGAGGGGGCAGGAUGACGGGGGUCGUCGCCCCCUGGAGGUGGUUGCUCGCCCUGUGUCUGAGGCUGCUCUUUCUUGUGCCCGCAGGAGUGCCGGUGCGGAGCGGGGACACAAGCUUCCCCAAAGCCAUGGACAACGUGACGGUGCGGCAGGGGGACAGCGCCAUCCUCAGGUGCAUGCUGGACAACAGAGUGACCCGAGUGGCCUGGCUGAAUCGUAGCUCCAUUUUAUACACCGGCAAUGACAAGUGGUCCAUAGACCCCCGUGUGGUACUUCUGGCGAACACCAAAGUCCAGUACAGCAUUGAGAUCCAGAAUGUGGGCAUUUAUGACGAGGGACCUUAUAUCUGCUCCCUGCAGACAGACAAUCACCCCAAAACCUCCCGGGUGCACCUCAUUGUACAAGUUCCACCCCAAAUCCUAAACAUCUCUACAAACAUUACAGUCAAUGAGGGGAGCACUGUGACCCUCCGGUGUCUGGCCACUGGCAGGCCUGAACCAGCAGUGACGUGGAAACAUUAUUCUGGAAAAUCGCAUAGGUUUGUGAGUGACGAUGAAUAUUUGGAAAUUACUGGAAUCACCCGAGAACAGUCAGGUCAAUAUGAAUGCAGCGCAGCCAACGAGGUGGCAGCUCCUGCGGUCCGGCGUGUUACAGUCACAGUCAACUAUCCUCCUUAUAUCUCUGAUACCAGAAACACAGGGGCAUCAGUUGGACAUAAGGGAACCCUUCGAUGCUCUGCCCUGGCUGUUCCCCUAGCUGAAUUCCAAUGGUAUAAAGAAGACACCAGGUUAUCCAAUGGACUGGAUGGGGUGAGAAUUGAGAACAAAGACCACAUGUCCAUCCUGACUUUCUUUAACGUAUCUGAAAAGGACUAUGGCAACUACACAUGUGUGGCAUCAAAUAAACUGGGGAACAGCAAUGCCAGUGUCAUCCUGUACGGUCCCGGCGCUGUGCAAAACAGGAGCAGCUCAGCCUCUACUACUCUGGCCGCCACCUGCCUCUGGUGCUCCAUUCUAUAUUCCCUCACUGCAUUUUGAUGACGCAGUAUAGCGUGGAGGUGGGGACUGUGGAGAGACAUCUGGAAACUACAGACGCAAUAGUCAUCAUCUCCUACCCCACAGGAGAGACUACUCCCACAACAUUUUGGGUGACGCUUCAACCCUUUCUCAUCCUCCCUCGGGUUACUUCAUGAGAUUGGAGUGGAUCGCUAGUCUUUAUGCACCUCAACAAGUCUAGUGCUCAAUCCCAGAUGCCCGGGGGAGCUGAAGCUGGUUUCUUGUGUUGGUGUCUUUGUAAAUCCCUGUGUGAUGCUCUGCAGGCAUGUAAGGAUAAGAAAGGGUUCAGUGGGAGGAUAGUUAACUAAAGGUCUGUGACCACCACAGCAUCGAUGGAACAGGCAUCUCCCUCCACUGGUGUCUGUGGCUCUAGGAUACAACCACUUUUUGCCCUGGAACCUACACAGGACACAUGGAGGAGCUGGGUUACUGGACUACAGGAAAAACUCAGGCUCUGGCAAGAGGAUUUAAGUAAAUGAACGUACACUGGGGAACUUGGAUGUGACGCUAACAGAUAAUGGACAUGUCUCCUGUAAUAAGAAAACUGACCGUAACGCAAAUAAUCCGCCAGUGCAGCCACCUAUUCCAGCGCUACACACUUCCUUAUCUAGUCCAUGGCUCCUCCUCUCUGUCUGUAAUUCAGCCUCAGCACCCUCCUCUGCCUCACAAUCCACCCCAGUACAGUACGUCUGUCUGGUAGUAUCUGCAGUGAUUCAAUACACUUAAGAGUUUUUCUUUCAUUGUGCAGUGCAAUAAAUAUUACAUACGAAGCCUAGCGACUGGAGAAGAUGAGCCUCAUGGGUCAUGAUCAGAUAUAGCAGAAGGCACACUUUUAACUAUUGAUGGUUAUUGUAUCAAGCACAUACAGCAUUAAUUUAGGGUCUUGUGUAAGGAGAGUGUGUGGUUAUGUUCACGUGUCGUAAGAGUGGCCCAAGGAGCAUUGGAGGUUAUUGUCAGAGUUUCACUUGUUAAUUUACAGCCAAGCCACCCGCCCUUUAGAUCCCACCAUUGACCCACUGUUUAAGAACUGUAAGUAAAAUUGUGUCCGCUCAGCGGCAGAGCAUUGAGGCCAGGCUCUAUCUUACAAUUGAUGUACAUCCCGCACUGUCUGGAGCAGCCGCCGGGAAAUGCAGUGCUCUGUCCCAGUUAAAUGUCAUUGCAGCAAUAGUCUGAUUCGAUGGAGGAGCACGUUUGGUGUAUUGUGAAGAAAGUAAGUUUGGAAUCUUUUCAUUUGGCUCUUUUAAACUGUAGGAGGCUGGUGUGUCAGAUCCGUGCUAGUCAAUGCAGACACAGCUAGAUCGCUGCAUGUUACACAGCGUUUGUAAACUUUUCUAGGCAAGGAAAGUCAGAUGGUUGUAAUCCUGUGAUGUGUCAAUAAAGUCUGAUAUUUGUA